AGCUUUUUUGGUUCGAUAUCUGCAACGUACACAGCAAUACUGAAAACACCAACAGAUGGCAGCCAUGCUGUGUUCUCCUCAACAUAGAAAAUGGUCGCCCACCGUCUCACCCUUCACAGAUGAUGAGUAAAAUGAUGAAAACAGUGUGGAGAUGGAUACGGGAUGUUGCAUUCUCAGUCUCCCUGCUGCUCAUGCUUCCUUCUGCCAUAUCUUUCUGCAAAUUCUUAAACUUGGUCAAUCUAAUAUUGUUUGGAAUCCCUAUCAAUGUCAAGGGAAAAGUGGUUCUCGUUACAGGAGCCUCUUCAGGCAUAGGCCAGUGUAUAGCGAAGGAGUAUGCUAAGAGAGGUGCAAAAUUGGUUCUGGUAGCGAGGAGGGAACACAGGCUGCAGGAAGUAGCAGAGGAGUGCAAAGUCUAUGGUGCAGAGGAUGCCCUAGUUUGCCCUGCUGACUUGACAAAUCCAGAUGAUUGUAAGAAGAUUGUGGACUUCACAAUUGCCAGCUUUGGACGUUUGAAUAUUCUAGUCAACAACGCUGGAAUUGCUGGAGGGUCUUUCUUUGAAGAAUAUAAGAGUUCAUCCCAGUACAAGAAAAUUCUGGAUACUGAUUUCUGGGGACAUGUAUACACAACCCACUGUGCUUAUGAACACCUUCGGCGCACCAAGGGUCAGAUAAUCGUUACAGAUUCCAUGACUGCAUUUCUUCCUUACCCAUAUUUGGCAGUUUAUAGUGCAUCCAAAUCAGCACUUUUAAACUUUUUUGAGACACUCAGAAUUGAAUCGAUUGGUAAACCCAUAACAAUUACAAUCGCAUUUCCUGGUUUUAUACACUCUGAAUUAGCAGCACUUGAAUCCCCGGGAAAGGUGCCAUGGUGGUUCCCUCUAAUGAGAACAGAAGAUGCUGCCAAGGCGAUUGUGGAAGCUGCAUUGAGGAAGAAACGACAAGUUAUAACCCCAAGCUGGUAUUCGGCCUUUCUGUGGUGGAAAUUAACGAUCCCAGAAAUACUAGAGUGGAUCCCAAGAGUUUUCAUCUUGGGAAAACCCCCAACAACAACAAUAGAGACCAUGUGCAACGUUCUUUUGGGAAAAUCUAAGACGCAAUCACUGUUUGAAAGACUAAAGCUUUCUUGAUUUGUACGAAAUACUAUCAAAUAGAAUAGUGUCUACUCAAGAUUAAUAGUAGAUGAAUAAUUUCUAUUGAAAACUAGGUAUGUUCUUGCUGAAUACCAUCGACAAAGCUUGGCACAAAGUCAUUAAAGGGAAAAAUAAAUAGAAGAUUUAAGAUUUUCCGUUUCACCUUGUUGAAACGAUGAUCUCGGGAUACAAACUAUCACUUGUAGAAAAAAUUAGAUAUUUGUUAAGCAAAUACCUUGACCCCUUGGGUUCAGCUCGUU